AGAGCGUGAGAAAAGAAAGACUCGUAUUCAUCUCUUUCCCUCUCUCUAUCUAUACUCUAGAGAAGGAACAAAGCAAAGCAAAGCAAAGCAAAGCAAAGCCAAGCCCUCGCAUCAUCGCAGUGCUAAACAGACAGACCGCUCUCUCUCCGUGUGUUUUCCCCAUAUUUCAUCUUCUCAGGCGGCGACGUUCAAGGACUCCCCGGGAACAGGGAAGAGAGUCAUGGCAUGAGUGAUUCUGAAACACUUGUGGGCAGUGGAUAUGAUUCCUUUUCUAUCUUUCCCUUAUUGAUGAUAUUUUUUUUUGUCUUUCAACUGUUGCUUUGUAUCAUUUGAUCCAUGACUACAAUUAAAAAGGUUGUAGCAAGAAGCGGGAUUUUUAUUUAUUCGGACAAAGAAUUGAUUCCUAGCAGUUGCGAGAGUUUCUGAAAUGGGGAAUGCGUGUUGUGUUGCUGCUCGUGACAAAAUGGUCCUCCUCGUGCCUAAUUCUGAGACUGAUGAGAGGAGGAGAAGGCAUUCUCCUACUUGGAGUUUCCGCUGGGAUAAUAAUAGAGGCCGUGUUGCUGGUGAAGUCUCCUCCUCCUCUCUCACUUGCUUUUCUGAUGCUCUUACCCGUAACAAUGAUGCCUCUCAACUCAAAUUUGAAUCUCCUUUUCUUUCAUCUCAACCCUCUCCUUUCGACAGCUUUCAGACACAGACAUCAUCGCAGAAAUCUCCGGCCGCAGAUCUAUCUUUUCCAAAUAAUUCUUCCAUGCAUACACUCUUCCAGCAGAAAGAAAAUGAUUCAACACAACCUGUGGCACCUUCGUAUCCAUCUCCUUCACAGACAUCUUCUUUCCCAGCAUCACCACUUUCUCCCCAGAGCCACUUCCACCCUGCAAGCUCGUCCUCACUUAAACUGACUCAGCGCCCUCGUAUAUCAGAGCAAGUCACAGAUACUCAAAUCUACGGAAUGAACUCACUAAGUAGAAGCUCAGCGACUGAAGAGAGACAGGGAACUCCUUUGAGAUAUGAUUCUUCUCAGAGUGGACCAUCUGAAUGUUGGUCACUUCAACCCUUUUCUGAAGUCAUGUCAUCUUCUCGCACCAACGACCCUAAUGACUGCUUUGCGCUUGAUCCUGACAAGAUAGACCAUCAUGGCAAUCGAAUCUCCAAUCAGCAUCAGCGAACAUGUGGUGCCUGCUCUAGACCCUUAUCAGAGAAAUCCUUGUGGAGCAGCCAAAAGAUCUUCAUGACCAAUGAGCUCUCUGUGUCCGCUAUUCUAGCAUGUGGGCAUGUCUAUCAUGGUGAGUGUUUAGAGCAGAUGACGUCGGAAAUUGAUAAAUUCGACCCUCCCUGCCCUAUCUGUACAUUGGGUGAGAAGAAAACGGCGAAGCUGUCAGAGAAAGCGUUGAAAGUUGAGAUGGAUUUGAAAGCUAGGUACAACAAAAGACUCAGAAACCGAGUUCGGGACAGUGGUUUUGAUUGCGAUGAUUUUGUAAUGUAUGAUCACAGACACAUGGCAGCAGCAGCAGCAGACAAGAGCCCUGAACUGGUCUCGAGUUCAAGCGUCAAAGGUUAUUCCUCAAAGCCUUUCUUGGCUAGACAUUUCUCUUUUGGAUCCAGAGGUAACAGUAAAGAGAAUCUUGCUUUCAAAAAGAAAGGCUUCUUCUGGACCAAAUCCAGCAAAAUAUGAACACUCGUAAGCUGCCUUCUCUCGCUCUGUAUCUCUCAGACUCUAAUCGGUGAAUUGCACAACCUAAGAGAUUGAUUGUGGUGGUUGUGCGUUGCUCUCUACGGUCUCAAGCAUAAAACUCGAGACAGACGGACACGGUACCAUUUAAUUAAGACCUGCUAUUAAUUUGUUUCUCCUUUGGGAUAUUAUGGUGAGUGGCAAACAAAUAAGCUUAUAAUUUACGGUGAUAUGCAUCAUGUAAAGUUUUGUUCAAACACCAAUUCGAGAUCAUAUAAAAAUUUGUGCACUAGAAAA